AUGGUUCUAGGUCAUGAAUUUCCUUUUUAUGUUAUGGAAGGUGUUAUCUUUAAUGAGUUUCUAAUAGAGGUUUAUCCAUGGUACAAAAAGAUUACUAGGCAACAGUUUAAGCUUGAUUGUAAGACAUUUUAUGAGGCUGAGAAAGUUAAGAUGAAGAAAUCAAUGUCUUUGAUUAACAGGACCAGUCUUACAACUGACUUGUGGUGGCCUGGUGAACAUAAAAUAUGUUAUAUGACUGUGAUUGGUCAUUUCAUUUUCAAAAUGACAGCUUCACAAAAGAGUUUUAUCUUUUAA